AUGGUCAGAUUCCAGCCCCUGACUUUUCCUUUCCUCUCUCUUCGACUCCUCUCCUCUUGCCCCUCUAUCGGCUUACUCUACGCACAGGCCAUGAAAAUCGACGCACGAUUCCUAGGUCCAAGGACGACAGAUGGUAGAAAAGUCCAGGUCGUACCUCUUCAUAGACGUCCUACGACUUUAAGAAAGAUAAGGAGUCAAUUGGAUUUAGUUGAUCCUAGGAGAGAAUAUCCAGAGAGUUUGGUACCUUUUUUUCCUGGUAAAACACUUCCAAACAUUCCUCCUCCUAUACCUCCACGACCUACCUUCACAAGCUAUCAAUCUUCUCCCUCAACAUCCUCAUCUGUCUCCAUACCCACUUCCCUUCCCUUGGAAAGAGCAUCAAUAUCCUUCACUCCGUCAAUAUACGCAACUCCUCCCCAAACCGCUUCCGAAUUACAAGGGCAAUCUGGUUAUCCUAGUGUCUAUUCGUAUGAAAUCGAGGAAUCGGUAGAUCUUCCUAAUCCUCAUUCAUCGUACCAAGAUAUGGAUACUUGUACCUCCUCACCUCAUCUGAUUAAUGAAGCAAUGGCGCUUACCGACUCUCCUCCUGGUAGACAAUCGAAAAGGUUUCUACCUCCUACUCCAUUACCGUCUUCACCCAGUUCUUCAAGGAACAUAACUCAUCUACCUCAUUCUUUGCUCCCCUUAAUGACAUCUUCUUGUCCUCCCACUCCCAGUACCAGUAGAUCGAUUCGGUUUGACACACGAGCCGAUCCUCCUUGGUCCGCACGCCACGUCCCGCCAGAUCCUACACCACCCCCUGGUGUCUCCACUUUCACAUCCCGACCGACAGUGGAAGAACAUCUGGGUGUAUUGAAGAAAACUAUACUGGCUUUGGAAUCUGUGGUUCUGGAAGAUCGUCUUUCAUCAUUUUCUUCCCCUUCUUCGCGUCAACAGCAUGCUACACACUUUCCUCGACCUUCUCAUGUUCCCUCAUCACCUUCCGUUCGUCAUUCCAGUAUUACUUCUUCUCCUCCAGACAAAAAGUCCAACCAUCAUACUCCUCGACGCUCUCAUUCUACCGAUUCAUCCUCUUCCAGUAAGAGUAUAGGUAUUAGCCACGGUCUUCACGUCCAAUUAGAUAUCGAAACUGAAACAGAAUUACAUCUUCUCCGAUCUCAACUCUCCACCAACUCUCAGCAAAUAUCAAAUCUUCAAUCCCGAGUUUCGUCCCUAACAAAUCUCAACCGUCAACUUUCUGACGAUCUUCAUUCCAAAGAUACACAGCUGAGUACUCUCAAACAUACGUUGAUGGAAGAACGCAAUAAACGAGAAGAAUAUCUUCAUAUAGUCAAUGAACAAGAAAGUGAGAUUGCCAGAUUGAGAGAGGAAAGGGAAAGUUCCUCGGCAAAAUACGAGGUUCGUAUCAAGGAUUUGAUUAGUGAGUUGGAGGAUUAUCAAGAGGUUAUGAAGUCUCAUACGGGUGAACUUGCAAGGAUGAGGGAAGAGAUAGAGACUGAGAAGAAAGAAAGGGAUACGAUAGGAGGUGAGUUGGAUGGGUUGAGAGGGGAGAAUACGAGGUUGAGGUUGAUGUGUCGGUCUUCGACAUCUCAUGGGAAUGGUGGAUUUACCGGGGGAGGGAUGGGAUCAGGAGGUGGAGGAAGGGAGAGAGAAGCUUGGAGAGGUUUUCAACAGCUUGGAACUUGGGGUUGA